UGUUCACUGGGCUUCCUCAGCUCAGCAUUCAGGCUUCUCGGAGGCAAGACUGCCGGUACUGUAUUUAAGGAAUCGGAGUUGCUGCAAAACCCUGUGACUGGUUUGAUGAUUGGCAUAUUGGCCACAGUUCUAGUACAGAGUUCAAGCACAUCUAGCUCCAUUGUUGUUACCAUGGUAGCUUCCGGAAUUUUGGAGGUUAGGCCUGCCAUUCCUAUCAUUAUGGGGGCCAACAUUGGAACAAGUGUUACCAACACCAUAGUAUCAAUGGCCCAGUCUGGCGAUCGAGAGACAUUCAAACGUGCGUUUGCCGGGGCAACUGUACACGACAUGUUCAACUGGCUCAGUGUUGUAGUAUUGCUGCCACUGGAAGUAUUGACUGGUUACCUGGAAAAAUUAACAUUUCUGAUAGUAAGUCAGUGUGAACUGUCCUCAAGCAGUAUAGGAAACCAGCAGCUUCUCAAGGUCAUCACCAAACCCUUCACCUCUAAGGUCAUACAGAUCAACAAAAAAUUGAUUGCUAAAAUUGCAGCUGGAGAGAAGGGACAUGAAAAUGAAAGUCUUCUCAAGGUGUACUGCCACUACAAUGAAACUGUCGUCACUACCAAUGGUUCUGAUGGGAAUUUAACCCAGACUAUUCUAAGAAUACCAACGGAGAAAUGUGAGUCACUGUUCAGCAUACUUGACCUUGGUGACACAGCAACUGGAUUAAUAAUGUUGAUAGCAUCCAUAGUUAUGCUGUGUGCUUGUCUAAUCUUCACCGUCAAACUUCUCAACUCCAUGAUGCAUGGCUCAAUUGCCAAGGCCAUCAAGAAGACUGUAAAUUCCGAGUUUCCAGGUCCUUGUCGUCAUCUGACUGGCUUUGUGGCGAUAAUUGUUGGAGCUGUCAUGACAGUUCUAGUUCAGAGCUCAUCCAUCUUCACAUCAACCCUCACUCCUCUUGUUGGAAUGGGACUCAUAGAAAUAGAAAGAAUGUACCCGUUGACUUUGGGAUCAAAUAUUGGAACAACUAUGACUGGUUUAUUGGCAGCAUUUGCAGCAUCAGGCGGUAAGGCAGAAGUUGCAUUUCAAAUUGCUUUCUGUCACCUGUUCUUUAAUAUCAGUGGUAUUAUCUUGUUUUACCCAAUCCCUGCAUUGCGAAAACUGCCAAUCAAGGGGGCUAAAUUCUUAGGUGCUACUACAGCGAAAUACCGCUGGUUUGCUGUUCUCUACCUUAUUCUGAUGUUUUUAAUGUUGCCAAUGUCAGUCUUUCUGCUAAGCUUGGCUGGUAAGAUCACUUAUAUCUGUGUCUCCAGCUUUGUUGGUAUUAUCAUAUUUUUAAUAGUGACUUUGAAUAUUAUACAAAAAAAGUGGCCACAUAUUUUACCAAAAUGUUUCCAAACUUGGGAAUUCCUGCCAGAAUUCAUGAGGUCUCUGGCACCACUUGAUAGUAUAAUCACCAAAGUACUGUAUGCAUUUAGUGGGAAAUGCUCUUGUACAUGUAGUUGUGACUUGUUCAAACCUAAAACAUUUGUGGACAGUAGCUCACUAAGUUCCACUGCCAGUUCUACAGCAGAACUGCUUCAUACUACUAAAGAUCAACUCAAAGAGCCAUCUCAGACAUUCUCUUCAGAUCAAUGUGUUGUUGACAUGUUCCGCAAUGUUCCAGGAGAGUCUUCGCAAAGUCUUCUUCCUAGUAUAAUCCAAAGGGAAACUAUUAUAUGAUAGCUUUUAAUUAGUUUGAUCCAAGUAUUGCUGGUAAGAUUAAUCUAGUCAUCCAAUAGCCUACAGGUAGAAGGUCUGGUACA